GGGAUUUUAGUCCUGGAAAAGCAAGACUUUUGCCAUUUGGGAACCCAAUGUCAGCAUGGGUGUACAGUAAGGAUAGCCUUGGAGAGUGAAAUGCUAACUUUUCUGGGAAUUCGAAAGAACACAGAGUCGCCCAAGAAAAGCUCAACAUCUGAGAAGGAGGCAGAUGGAUUUAUUCUUCUAGGAGAAACAGUGAGUGAGCGGGAACAGGAGAAGACCAGCUUGGAAUUUGGACGAGGGACAAGCACACACGGGCAGCUGCCGCAGGGAGAAGCAACAAACAUAUACCCUGCACUAACAGAGGAAACAGCGACUGCUGAACAGAUGAACCAACCGGAAGAAAAUACUUCUUUAGCUGUGGAGCUCCUUGGUGAUGUUCCAUUCACUUUAGCGCCUCACAUUCUGGCAUUGCAGGCCAGUUUUCACGAUUUCCCAGACGCCUUAAAACUACCUAAGGAUGUAAAUGAGAAUUUAGCAAACUUCUGGUAUGAUUUUACUCUGGAAAACUCUGUACUUUAUGAUUCCUAAUUAAUGUUCUAUUUUGCAAUAUAAAUCUUGUUUACAGCAUUCUAUAUAUUUCAGCAAAAUUUGGCAGUAUUUUUGUUCUAUUUUCUGAUGCAAAUUGAUUUUCUUUGAUGUUAUUGAUCAGUAACUUCACUGGGCACCAGUCAACCCUCACAAACAAAAGAUUGUGAGUGCUUGUUUGAGUAAAAACUGUUACCUCAUUGAAAGGAAUGAUCAGUUUGGCUACUAUAGGAAAGCUGUAUUCUUCUUGAGGUACAGUGUGAUAGGAGGGGGAAAUUAACAUUCAGUUCAUCACCAUCCACAUUGAGCCUCCAGCUGGAUGAUCAUAGACAGAAUAGAAUUGAUCAGAGGUCAUGGGGAGUUCUGCAACUCAGCUUGGCUGAAGAAGAAUGAGAGAGAAUUAUUUUCAUCUUUUAAGCAAGUCAAUUGAUAUAAAAUAUCAAUAUCAAAAAAAAGUCUAGUAUACAUUCAGCAUCUAAACAAUUCGUGGGGAUAUUGGUUAGUUUUUUUNCUUCUAUAAUUAAUGUUGUCUUAAAUGUACGGAAAAAUAUGUGGCCUUUAUGUGCGAUGGAAAUAAAAUGAUAUAUUCUACUAUACACAUGUUCUAUUAAAUAUGUCCAUAUAUGCUUGUUGGCGACCCAAAGCACUAAUAGGUAAUGUGGUCGUAUUCUCUAUCUCCAAUUUAAAUAAUUCAGUCAGUUAAUAUAAUAUGUUCUUCAUUGACUGCAGGAUCUACCUAAUUGCCUAUUUAUAAUGGUGAUGAUUAUUUUUCUGACUUAUUGAUAUAGUUUUGAAUUUUGAAAGAAUGUUUUAUUAGUACUAGAGAAUGGGAUAAUACUUUAAUUUGUAAUUGUAUUGCAUUGCAAUUUAUCUAAGUUGCUGAAUUGAGAUUUGAUGCCUAAAUAAAGUUUAUUGAAUUAUU